AUGAGCAUUUUAGCCUAUUAUGUGAAUAACAUAAACAGCUCUCCCAAAACAUAUGGUCUUAACACUAAUGCACUGACUGACACUAGCAGUGUGUCUGAUAAAUCAGUACUGAAGGUUGUUAUCCGACCAGAACUGGAGAAGAAGGUGAUCAAGUUGAUUAAUGAUUACAGACAAGAACAUGCUGAUAAAAGACCGAUAUCUGGCAGACUCACCUUCAAAAAGUUGCUGGAUUUGUAUACAGCCCUGCAGAUGUUCCAGUUUAAGAUCGAGCACAUCGAGGAGGCCAUGAAGAGCAGUAUGCUGUAUGGAGGCGAUCUGCACUCAGCGCUCGACUGGCUCUGUCUGAAUCUCAAAGAUGAGCUACCGGAGGGAUUCAGCCAAAAGAUGCAGGAGGAGAAACAGAAGACUCGCCCCAUGUUUCAGGCUCCUAAAGAGGACGAGAAACAAACGGUGGCCAAAAAAGAAGCAUCUAAAGAGGACGAGAAACCAAAGGCAAAGAAACAAACUACUUCUGUAAAAGACAACGGUGGCAGUAUGAAGGAGUGGAUACUGCGCUACUCUGAACAGUCUGAGGAUCAGAGCAGUGAAGAAUAUGAAAACAAGGACGCAAGUGUGUUUAACCUAGAGCUGGAGGAGAAGUUUGAUCCUAAUGACAGAUACCUGCCGCUGGCCGCUCAGCUGUAUGAUGCGAAGGAGAUGGCCGCAGAAUUUAAAGCCAAGAAAGACAAAGCAGGGCAGAGGACUGCACAAGAUCGGAUCAGAGUCAUCCAGCAAGAAAUGAAGUCUUUGGAGAGUCAUCCAAUGUUUAACUCGGCUAUCAAAGUUAAAGACACUCCCAAAGAGGAAAAGAAGCCAGUUACACUCACUGAUGGCAAGGAGGAACUCAACUUCAGCCUCUUUGAGCAAGCAGACACACCUCCAGCAGAAACAACUGAGAAAAAGAAGAAAGAGCCCAAAGAUAUUCGUAACUUUGACUACACGUUAAGGAGCUGGACUGGCAAGUCGCCAAAACAGUUUCUGAUUGAUUGGUGCAGGAAGAACCUCCCGAAGAGCCCUCCACCAUCCUUUGAGAAAGUUGCAGUCGAAAGAUAUUGGAAAUGCAGAUUUGUUCGCAUUCAGAGGCCUAAUGAUGUUUUGGAGGUUUGUCCCACUAUCCUGACUGAGGACGGCAUGCAGGCCCAGCACUUAGGAGCCACGCUGGCCCUUUAUAACCUAGUCCAAGCACAGUCGGUGCAUCAGCUUCUGCCACCCACCUAACGUGAGGUGUGGCUUGAGUGGCGAGACGGCGAACAAAAAGAAGAGGAGCAAACCCGCUCCGCCAUCAACAAACCACGUGACCAGUUCAUUGCACAUCUUCUGACCCGCCUCAAACAGCACCAUACCCUCCAACCGCAGGCCGUGCAGCAGGAACGUCUUCAGGAUGCUGAACUUGAAGACUCCUGGGAGAACCUGGACAUCCAGGAGGACCAUGAGUCCCAGUGCGGAGGAAGCUUUGUGAUGGAGGAGAUGUCCCGGAGACUGUACCUCAAACUGCGGAGCUCAGCUCUGGCUCGCAGGCUGCUGGUCGAGAGGGAGCAGCUGCCUGUUUUCCAGCACCGACAGCAGGUGCUCGAGGCUCUGCGGUGCCACCGUGUGCUGGUGAUCGCUGGGGAGACGGGAAGCGGGAAGAGCACACAGAUUCCUCAGUUCAUCCUGGAGGAGCUCCUGGCUAAUGGGGAGGCCGCGCAGCCUUGCAAUGUGGUGGUGACACAACCCAGAAGGAUUUCAGCCACGAGUCUGGCCAGCAGGGUGUCGCAGGAGCUGGGGAGCGAGGACGGACCGGGAAACAAGAGUUCACUGUGUGGAUACCAAAUCCGAAUGGAGAACCGCUCAGGGGACGCCACACGACUGCUGUACUGCACCACUGGAGUUCUGCUGUGCAAACUACAGCAGGACCGGCUCCUCAGCUCCCUCACACACAUCGUGGACGAGGUUCAUGAGCGGAGCGUCCAGUCAGAUUUUCUCCUCACCGUACUAAAAGAAGUGGUUCAUAAGAGCUCAGAUCUGCAUUUGAUAUUGAUGAGCGCUACAGUCGACUGUCAAAAGUUUGCCAACUACUUCAUCCGCUGUCCUGUGGUCACCAUACCUGGCAGAACUUUCCCUGUGGAGGUGUUUCACCUGGAGGAUAUUGUGGAGGAGACGGGUUACAUUCUGGAGCAGGACUCAGAGUACAGUCAGAAGUAUGUGGAGGAGGAAGAGGAGGUCAGCAUCAACAUCACACAGAAAGGAGGAAAGACUCUUCAGCACCAGGAGCCGAUCGUGAGGGACUCUGGCUCAGGCUGGGAUCUGAGCCCUGAGCUGGAUCACUUCAGCAACCGGACGCGACACGUCCUGCAGUAUAUGAACCCCAAUAAGAUAAAUAUGGAUCUGAUAUUAGACCUACUGGAAUACCUGGAUAAAUCACCUCAGUUUCGUGAUGUGGAUGGUGCGGUUCUGAUCUUCCUCCCAGGCCUGGCUCAUAUUCAACAGCUGUAUGAUCUACUGACCACCGACAAGAGGUUCAGCUCAAAGGACAGAUAUAAACUGGUUGCCCUCCACUCCACACUGUCAUCUCAGGACCAGUCUUCUGCAUUUACACUGCCACCUCCUGGAAUGAGAAAGAUUGUUCUGUCCACAAACAUUGCUGAGACUGGUGUCACCAUUCCUGAUGUGGUCUUCCUCAUCGACACAGGAAAAACUAAAGAGAAUCGGUAUCAUGAAAGCAGUCAGAUGAGCUCUCUGGUGGAGACGUUUGUGAGUAAAGCCAGCGCUUUGCAGAGACAGGGGAGGAAGUGUGAAUAUGGUUCUCCAGAGGAUUUCCUGUGUCGAGCUCUCGAUGUGCCUCAGCAGCAGGCUGUGUGUAAUGCUGUCAGUCUGCUGAGGAAGAUCGGCGCCUGCAAGCAAGAUAGCUACGCCCUCACGCCACUCGGCCAUCACUUGGCCGCCCUUCCUGUCAAUGUCAAGAUCGGCAAAAUGCUCAUCUUUGGUGCCAUCUUUGGCUGCCUGGAACACAUUGUGAAAUACAUGAAGGUGUUUCUAAGAGACACUACAUUGAUCUCUCCUUUAGCCAUGCUGCUGUUCGGAGGUGAUAUUGACGUGCAGCACAGGGAGAGACUUGUCUCUCUGGAUGGAUGGAUCUAUUUCCAGGCUCCAGUCAGAAUUGGCGUGAUCUUCAAACACCUUUGCAAACUGGUCGACUCCCUCCUGGAGAGGAAAUUGGCCAACCCCAAAAUUAAUUUGGAAGAUGAGAAAACCAUACAAAUAAUCACAGAACUGAUCAAGUCAGAAAACAUGCUCUGAGGAAGUGCCCGUUUGUGCUCAAUCAUGAAUGACUGAAAUGCUGACAAACCUCACUGAGGGCUUCAUGCCACACUCAGGAGAAAGCAAGAGGAAAUAUCUGCCCUGAAGGAGACAAAUGCCCAGCUGAGAAAUCUGGCUAAGCAGACUGAACAUUACGUCACAAUACUAGAUGUCCUGACAACAUCGUUCCAGAGGGACUCAGUAUCUCGCCGCACUCCUGUGAGGCCAACAGAGGAUCAUUCUUCUGAACACUCCUGGAUCUCUCUGCUGACAGAGGAAGAGCCAUCGGAUCCAUCUUGCACAGCUUUAACUAACUCCACCACUGACACAGAAAGGCCGACAUCAGGGCUCAAGCGGCGGCUGUGGUCCAGCUGGAAUGACCUUCUGUGUGAAGAAGCUGAGGACACCAGCUUGAACCGUCCAUCAGGUUCCAAGCAGCCCAGGCUUGAAAAUUAACUUGGACAGGUAGACUUGGAGCAUCUGAAGGCCCAGCUGGACCAGGAUCAACAGAGAAGAUUCAGGCCUGACUCAGAAUCAAAGCCUUGAGAUGUCCUCUGAAGGUUUGAUCGCACAGUUUGUGAACAUAUUUGGGGCGUUCCAUGGCCUUCAGGUGAUUACAGAAACCCCUUCCGUCAUAUCUGAUCUGAACAUGAGUGGAGAUGAUGGAAAAGUGUGCUUUAAAGGGAUAGUU